CCCGCCUUCUCGAAAUGGACAUCGAUUCAUACCGGUAGCACACUAGUGGUCUCAGAAGCAGGCAAAUUAAUUUGUUUUUAGGAAGGUGUCUUGUUCAGUAAUUUUGGAGGAAGACAACAGUCCCAUGCUGAAUUGAGACGUGUUUAAGUGCUCAAAUGGAAUAAUGUGAGCGGUCUUCCGGGGUCCAUGGACAACCUUUUUUCGCUGCUGUCUUAUUUCGGUCUGCUGUGUUCUAUCCAACACCGUGGGAUUUUGGACUGGAUACCCUGCCAAAGUUCAACCUGAUAGCCUACCACCAAUGGCCAGUAGUACACUACGUAUCGACUUCAUUUUUCUUUGACAGUUAUGUUUUUAACGGAAUGCUCGAGUGGUUGUCUUUCUGUGACACACCCUUUCACUUCUGAAGUAAUUUGUUUUUGCUCAUUAAAAUGAAACAAGAUUGACCUGCUGGCACAAUCUGCCUCCAGCAUAGGCUACUGAAUAACCGAACGGUUUGAAGAUGUCCUCAGUGGUUUUGUCUGAUGUCUGUGAGGUGCCACUCAAAGACCUGCCCUUGGACAACUGGAUGGCACAUCUACCCAAUGCAUUGUGGGACAUACCACUCUGUAACCUAUCCAUCCCAGGGAGUCAUAAUGCGAUAACCUACUGCCUUGAUAAAAAUGACCGGUCCCCAGUGGACCUUACCCAGCCUGAUAUGCUACAGAAGCUGGACAAGUACAUGAAGCCUCUGAUUCGCCCUUUUGUUUACAAAUGGGCCAUUGCACAGGAGUGUACUGUGAAGGAGCAGCUUGACUGUGGAGUCCGAUACUGUGACCUCAGGAUAGCCCAUCGGCCAAAUGACAGCUCCACUGACCUGUACUUCUAUCAUGGAGUGUACACCACAAUUACAGUAGAGACGGUGCUGAAGGAGAUAAGAGAAUGGCUGGAUGCUCACCCCCGCGAGGUCGUCAUCUUGUCCUUCAGUCACUUCCUGGGUCUGAGCCAAGAGCUCCACAACAUGCUCAUCUCCACCAUCAAGAAUGUCUUUGCUGCAAAGCUGUGUCUAAAAUCGGUGCCAGUGACCUUGCGUAACCUAUGGAGUAAAGGAUUUCAGGUCAUCAUUUCAUACGAGCACAAUGUAGUUAACUGCCACAGCGAGCUGUGGUCCCACAUUCCCUACUGGUGGGCAAACAAGUCCAAAGCUGAGGCCCUCAUAGAGGAGUUUGAGCGACGGAAGCAGAGAGGCAGGCCAGCUGGAUUUUUUGUCACGGGUAUCAAUCUUACUGAGGACUUGAAGUAUAUCUGUUCCCAUCCAACUGAAUCUCUGAAGGACAUGGUCAUGUCCACUUACCCAACACUGCUGGCCUGGGUCAAGGAGCAGAGGCCUGGCUCCAACACAGGAUCAAUCAAUAUCAUUGCUGGGGACUUUGUGACUGAGAGCCAGUUUGUACCAACCGUCAUUGCACUGAAUGAAAAGCUACUGAAACGGACCUCGUAAUAUUGAAUUGUAUUUUUUUUUUUUUUUUUUUUUUUGUCAUAUCAAUUUGCACAUUGUAUUGUUUUCUUUUUUUUUUAAGUAAGCAUGAAUCAACGAAUGUGAGUUUGUUUUUUGAAUCAAUAUUUACUUCAGGCAUUUUGACAGGAUUUGAUAGGAUGUAUUUGCACUCUUAAAAUGCUGAUGUUUUUUCUGGGUUACAAUGGAAAUUAUGCACUGGUCUUUUUUAUUACU